AACGUUGCAACGUCUUUGACAACCUGCUCUUUGCCAACACACAGCUGUCAGUUUUCUCUCGUUUCGAUUUGUUCGACUUUCACCUUGUCUAUUCUAAAAUGAGUGGCAGCGGUAAAGUAACUUUCAAGAUCACAUUGACGUCCGACCCAAAACUCCCUUUCAAAGUGCUGAGUGUACCCGAAGCCACGCCCUUUACGGCCGUGCUCAAGUUUGCCGCUGAAGAAUUCAAAGUAGAUCCGGCCACUUCGGCCAUCAUCACCGACGAUGGAAUUGGCAUCAAUCCACAACAAACUGCCGGCAAUGUCUUCCUUAAACACGGCUCGGAAUUGCGGCUGAUUCCACGUGAUCGAGUUGGUUCUCUCUAACAUUCGUUCGAUGUUGAAAAAAAAAAACUGGAAAUAAAAAUUUAUCAAGUGUUUCCCAAUGAUGUACUCUUUUUUCUCUCCUCUCUUCCUCUGUUCGUCGAAGAAGAAAAAGAGAUAAAAGACAUUGGCACUGACACAGACGAUGGAAAAGCUAUUACAUAAUGGGUUUGACACGAA